AUGCCACUGCUUGAUCUGCCAAAUGAGUUACUCCGAAAUAUAUCAGAAAACCUGGAAUCUGAGAGAGAUAUCAACGCCGUUGCACAAGCCAACCGCCACCUUUACCGUCUCCUAGAUAGCUACCUCUACCGCUACAAUGUACAACAAUCUAGACACUCAGCGCUGUUGUGGGCUGCCCGACAUGGCCAAGAGGCGACGGCGCAAAAGUCGCUGAGGGAAAAAGCCAAUAUACAGGCCACAAAUGAUGAUAACGACAAGGCACCGCUGUUGUUGGCGGCAGAGAAUGGGCAUAAGCAGGUAGUAAAGCUGCUGCUGGACAAGGGCGCCAACGUCAACGCGCAGAGUAGACGCUACGGCAACGCACUCUACGCGGCUUCAAAAGGAGGCCACGAAGCGGUAGUGCUGCUGCUGCUGGACAAGGGCGCCGACAUCAACGCGCAGGGUUUACGCUACGGCAAUGCACUCUACGCGGCUUCAAAAGGAGGCCACGAGGCGGUGGUGCAGCUGCUGCUCAACAAGGGCGCCGAGAUCAACGCGCAGAGUGGACACUUCGGCAACGCACUCUACGCGGCUUCAAAAGGAGGCCACGAAGCGGUGGUGCAGCUGCUGCUCAACAAGGGCGCCGAGGUUAACACGCAGGGUGGAUCCUACCGCAACGCACUCCAGGCGGCUUCAAAAGGAGGCCACGAAGCGGUGGUGCAGCUGCUGCUCAACAAGGGCGCCGACGUCAACGCGCAGGGUGGACGCUACGGCAAUGCACUCCAGGCGGCUUCACAAGGAGGCCACGAGGCGGUGGUGCAGCUGCUGCUCAACAAGGGCGCCGAGGUUAACACGCAGGGUGGACUCUACGGCAAUGCACUCUACGCGGCUUCAACAGGAGGCCACGAAGCAGUAGUAAGGUUGCUGCUAGACAAGGGCGCCGACGUCAACGCCCAGGGUGGACACUUCGGCAACGCACUCUACGCGGCUUCAAAAGGAGGCCACGAAGCGGUGGUGCAGCUGCUAGUGGCAUGGGGUGCCAAGUGA